CCCGCGGCGGCGACGGCUCGGACACGGAGCGGGAUGGACGCGCAGGAGUGCGGGGCGGCCGCGGCGCCCGAGCCCCCCGCCCGCGGCUGCGUGGCCUCCUGGGGGGACAUGGUCCAGCGGAACCUGCGAUCUCUUCCACACGCCUGUUCAACACUCGGAAGAAAAAUUGCUGCUCUGUAUGACAGUUUUACUAGUAAAUCGUUAAAAGAACACAUUUUCCCUCCUCUGAUGGAGAUGCUAAUUUAUUUUAAUUUUUUCAAAGCCCCAUGCCUUGUGGAUUUAAAGAAACCAGAGUCAAAGAUUCCUCACACAGUAAACUUCUACAUCAGAGCUGAACCUGGGGUGAUGCUGGGAGUCUGGCACGUGGUCCCCAGCUGCCGGGGGGAAGAUGCCAAGGGGAAGGACCGUCGCUGGUAUGAAGCAGCCCUUCGCGAUGGGAACCCAAUUAUUGUUUAUCUUCACGGCAGUGCACAGCACAGGGCGGCUUCUCACAGACUUAGGCUGGCAAAGGUGCUGAGCGAUGGUGGCUUUCAUGUCUUGUGUGUUGACUACAGAGGAUUUGGGGACUCUACAGGGAAGCCCACAGAGGAGGGACUGACUAUGGAUGCUAUUUGUAUCUAUGAGUGGACCAAGGCAAGAAGUGGCACCACCCCUGUGUGUCUCUGGGGCCACUCUCUGGGUACAGGAGUUGCAACAAAUGCUGCAAGAGUAUUAGAAGAGAAAGGAUGCCCAGUUGAUGCUAUUGUCUUGGAAGCUCCAUUUACCAACAUGUGGACUGCAAGUAUCAAUUAUCCCUUGUUAAAGAUUUACCAGAAACUUCCAGGAUUUUUACGCAUACUUAUGGAUGCCCUGAGAAAAGACAAAAUAGUCUUCCCGAAUGAUGAAAAUGUUAAAUUCCUGUCUUCUCCCCUUCUCAUCUUACAUGGAGAAGAUGAUGGUACAGUGCCUUUGGAGUGUGGAAAAAAGCUCUACGAAAUUGCAUACAACGCAUACAGAAACAAAGAGAGGGUCAAGAUGGUUAUCUUUCCUCCUGGCUUCAAACACAACCUCCUUUGUAAAAACCCCACACUAUUAAUAACUGUGAGAGAUUUCCUGAGCAAGCAGUGGGCAUGAGGUUCGAGAGCAGUGGAAAUCCUCAGUGAAGACUUGGUCCAAACACCUCUUGUGAUGUGCACCUUUUAAUGUAAAAUUCUACUGGGCUGUUUGGAUGAACUGAAGCCAUUGACAUUUCUACAAGUCACUUGCCAAUUUAAUAAGAGAAAGCAUGGAUGCUAGGUGGUAUGGAAUGUUCUCAUUUAGCCUAUCAUAAUCUACUUUGUGAAACAUGCUAAAACCUCACUGUGGAGAAUCAGAAUUUGAUAAAAUUUGGAUCCCACCUAAAAUUGUGUAGUUAUCAAAUAUCUUGGGGAUAUUUGUGAAUAAGGUGAUUGCUAUGGUCUGAAUGUGUGUCCAUCCCCAAAAUUCAUAUGUUGAAACCCAGUCGCCAAUGUGAUGGUGCUAGGAGGUGGCACUGAGCUCUGAGGAAUGGGAUUAGUGCCCUUAUGAAAUGAGCCCAAAGGAGCUCUUUACCCCUCCCACCAUUCCAAGACACAAUGACGAGUUGCCAUCUACGAACCAGAAAGUGACCCUCACAAGACACUGAAUCUGCCAGCACCUUGAUCUUGGACGUCUCAGCCUCCAAAACUGUGAGAAAUAAAUUUCUGUUGUUUAUAUGC